UUUUCCCAACAUAUAUCACUUCUCUUUGAUAUGCUAGUUGAGUCAUAAAUUAAUGUCACAAAUAAAUGUGAUCUAGACAGAGUAACUCAAUUGAGAAGCAGGGAGUGGUAGCUUGAUAUUGUUACAUUUGACAGCUGUGCAAUCUUGAAUUUUUAAAAGUCAAAGUGUGAAAGAAAACCUGAGAGACAUUAGCCAGUCACAAGGAGCUAAAUAUUGUGGUCAUUUAUGCUUUCAGCAAAAACUUUCUUUAAUCUUUACAGAAGGUAUCCUGAAACAGAAACGAACAGGUGGGUUGAAUAACAAAGAGAGCUGAGGAGUUUAAAGACUUUCUUGGCAUCAAACAGUGAAGCUGCUCUACACUGUUGGUGUUUUAUAGAAAACAUAUAUAAAUACAUUUAGGCUGUCUGGCAGCCGUCUUAUUUAUUGGGUUUUACCUUUGAGAACAAAAUAAAUGUGAGGGAUUCAUGUACAGUACUCAACAUUCCCUGUCAGGUAGUAUUUAAUCUCCUUAGGCUAGGACUACGAAUAGAAAUCUUUAUUUUACAUGAUGCCAUAAUAUUGUACAUUAGGGCCAAAACCACUUGAUCUGAAAAUAGUAGUAUCAGGGCAGGGAUUUAGGAUAUUAUAUGACAACAGCUGGCCAGAGGAGUAUCUCUCUUGCCACUGACUGGAAAAGUUACCUCAGACUUCAAAUCCAAUUAAUUAACAGACCUAAGGCCAGGCAGCAGCCAAUAGAAUUGGCCUUAUGGGUAGUUUGUGAGGAUGUGUUUCUCGUGGUAGAGGAUAAAUAAGAUGUUGCCUUAUUGUUCAGCUAUAUGUUACAGUGGAUCUACAUCUUAGUGAUUGUGCUACCACAUGUUUAGAAACCCGAAGGAAAGCAAAGCAGCAUAAUGUUACAGAUUAUAUGUCUGUCACACAUCUAACAAUAAGAAGCCAUGCUGGUCCAGAGAGGCUGAGGCAAUCUUCUACUCCUUCUCCACUGGGAGGACCUUAUCAAUGGAUCCCCUGCCCUCACACAGCUGGAGGAGGUUCAGUACUGUGAGGGGAAUCCUGACCACUACUGAGAGGGAAUACAUUUUCUCACACUCUUCAGCUUUCCAUACCCCCCACCCCAGCAUCAUCCAGAUAAUUUAUUUAAAACUUAGUUUUUGACUCUGUCUUGACAGAAAGGGGGUGGGUGGUGGUAAGUAGAAAGGUACUCUGUGUACAAUAUGAAUCAAAUAUGGAACAGUUAUAUAUUUCUUAUACACAAAAGUAAUGCUAAACGCAAGUGCGCACUGGACAGAAACAAAUUUAGAAGAGUGGCAUUAACAACUUCUGGCAUUCUCUCUCCUGUGGCUGAUAUUUGAACCUCAUCUAAACCUAAGGCAUUUUGUGGGACACCUGAAUAGGCAUUUUACAUUUCACCUUCACUCUUCACUGUCCCUCCCCACCCUGGUAAAAGUCUUCUGGACUUGGGCUCAUCUUGGUGCUCGUCUACUCACAGAGUUCUGGAGUAGUUGCCCAAGACUCUUGCCCUUGCCAGGAGUCAGCUCUGAACGAAGGAGGACUAAUGAACCUAUCAGUCUCACGAGGUGAUCUCUAAGCCUGGACACAUACAUCUCAGGAUCAAUUAUUCUUUCACUGAAGAGCAGGAAAGAAUGAACACUGAAGGAGCAGCCCCAAGUCCGGGAUCAGAAAUAUAGGUAGAACAUGGGCUUUAGCUGCCGUGUGCUUACUGCCAAAAGGCAACCAGGAUGUGGAUGGGAUAAACUGCUUUUCCUCCUAAGCCUCAGGGGAAGCCUCGGGUAACAGUACCGACACAAUCUGCUACUUGAAAAGAGAAGAGAGACAGGAAUAGUAAUUUCCUUUUUAAAGGUCCACUGAGUCAUGGUUUUUCCUGAUCAGCAGCCAAUGAGAGGAUUUCUUUCUCAUCUCAAAGCAGAAUAAUCUUUCAGCCCCGAAUUUGGCACACAAGGCCAGCUAGAAUCAGCCAGGAGUUCUGCCAAUCCCCAAGGGCCCAAGCUUUGAGCUACUAUAUAGGGUCAGCUGGAAGCGGGAAGGCGUUGCAUUUUGCGUGCUUAACCCCCAUCCACAUGUAGAACAGUGCAGAGUUUUGUUUUGUUUUGUUUUCUUCUUCUUUCCCUGACAAGGUUUGACCUAUAGCAUACCAAUGGUUUGUGUGUAGUUUGGGUGGAAAAGCUCUUCCGAGUUCCAGUCAGGAGUGGGGCGGGGGGAGGAAGAGGAAGAACAAUUGUGGAAUAAUCUGUAACAUGCAUAUGCUCUGAACCAACACCUUUAGUGCAUGUUUAACAAGCCUCUAGCAAUUCUCUCAAAAGCAGCUUCCUUCGCGUUAUAAAAUGACAAGCGGGUGGAAGACUUGUCUCGAUUUAACUCCAUUCUACAGGCGAGGAAACUGAGGUAUGGAAGGGAGCUUCCUAGCUCAGUGUCCGUGGAUCUGGGUCGCCUGCGCCCACCCGCAUCCGCUCUGUCAAGAAGGGUGGGGAGGAUGCUGACAUCCUCUGGGAAUCCUCAGGAGGGGGGGAGUAGAGGCGGGGGUGGCGGAGGGACAGGAGCGUGCUGGGUCCUGAAGACUCUGCGGACCCGGCAGGAGGGACCCGGAGAUUCUUAAUUAAAGCAGGUUGCCAUGGCUACGGUCUCCAAGGCGGCGUGGGCCCAGCUCUCCGGGGGCUGGAGGGAGGGCCGCUGCUUGAUGGGGAUGGUCUUGGUCGUAGCCGGGGGCGCGCGUUCUGAACCAACUUUCUCUCCCGGGAGCGGAGGAAAGAGAAGGGGGAGGAGAGGAGCGGAGGGGAGAGGGAGGGAAGGGGGACGCGCUCUGCCUCUGCCCCCGCCCCCGGGUCGCGCACGUCCGUACUCGGCGGCGCGCACGCCUGCGGGAGCCCUCUCCAGGCAACCCUAGUGCUGAUCGCUCGUGCCGGUGCGGUCUCUCACCGCCCUUGGGGGAACCGAGAAGAGGCUCGAGGGCAGUCCCCCCGCCCCUCCCUGGGCUCUCCCGCCCUCCCCGCUCCUGCCCGGCGCGCGCCGGGGCAUGAGCAGCGAUGAUGGCCGGCUGCAGUCCCGAGGAGAAAACUUACCGGCGCUUCCUCGAGCUCUUCCUGGGCGAGUUCCGCGGACCGUGCGGCGGUGGCGAGCCCGAACCGGAGCCCGAGCCGGAGUCCGAGCCCGAGCCCGAGCCCGAGCCUGAGCCGGCGGCGGCGGCCGAGGGGACUCGGGAGGAGGUGGAGGACGAGGCGGUGGCGACGGCUGCGGUGCGGGUGCCAGAGCCCGGGGAGGAAGAGGAGGAGGAGGACGAGGCGGUAGCCGCCGAGGACGAGGACGGGGACGGGGAGGGCACGGAGGAGGGGGUGGCCGACGAGGCCAGCCCGGGCCCGGGGCAGCAGACCGGGCCCCCUCCCCCGCCGCAGCAGCAGCCGCCGCCGCCGCCGCCCCUGCCCCCGCUGCCGCGGCCGCUCUCGGAGCGCAUCACCCCGGAGGAGGUGGAGGGCGAGAGCCUGGACCUGUGCCUGCAGCAGCUCUACAAAUAUAAUUGCCCUUCCUUUUUGGCUGCUGCUUUAGCCAGAGCAACAUCAGAUGAAGUCCUUCAGAGUGAUCUUUCUAUGUACUAUAUACCAAAGGAAACAGAUGGCACAGAAGGAACUGUGGAGAUUGAGACAGUGAAAUUGGCACGUUCUGUCUUCAGCAAACUACACGAGAUUUGCUGCAGUUGGGUGAAGGACUUCCCUCUCCGCAGGAGACCCCAAUUGUAUUAUGAGACAUCAAUCCAUGCCAUCAAAAACAUGCGCAGGAAAAUGGAGGACAAACACGUCUGCAUUCCUGAUUUUAAUAUGCUCUUCAAUCUGGAGGAUCAAGAAGAACAAGCUUACUUUGCCGUGUUCGAUGGGCAUGGUGGGGUAGACGCUGCCAUUUAUGCCUCUGUCCACCUCCAUGUGAACUUAGUACGCCAGGAAAUGUUCCCCCAUGACCCCGCGGAGGCGCUCUGCCGGGCCUUCCGGGUGACCGACGAGCGUUUUGUGCAGAAAGCAGCCAGGGAGAGCUUACGCUGUGGGACCACAGGCGUGGUGACAUUUAUCCGAGGCAACAUGCUCCACGUAGCCUGGCUGGGCGACUCUCAGGUCAUGCUUGUGAGGAAGGGCCAAGCCGUAGAAUUAAUGAAGCCACAUAAACCGGAUAGAGAGGAUGAGAAACAACGAAUUGAGGCCCUUGGAGGCUGUGUGGUCUGGUUUGGGGCCUGGAGAGUGAAUGGAAGUCUGUCUGUCUCAAGAGCUAUUGGAGAUGCUGAGCAUAAGCCAUAUAUCUGUGGGGAUGCAGACUCUGCCUCCACUGUUUUGGAUGGGUCUGAAGACUACCUCAUUUUAGCUUGUGAUGGCUUCUAUGAUACCGUGAACCCCGAUGAGGCAGUGAAGGUUGUGGCUGACCACCUAAAGGAAAAUAAUGGAGAUAGCAGCAUGGUUGCCCACAAAUUGGUAGCAUCAGCUCGUGAUGCUGGGUCAAGUGACAAUAUCACUGUCAUUGUGGUAUUCCUAAGGGAUAUGAACAAAGCUAUAAAUGUUAGUGAGGAAUCAGACUGGACAGAGAACUCUUUUCAAGGAGGUCAAGAAGAUGGCGGGGAUGAUAAGGAAAAUCAUGGAGAAAGCAAACGCCCCUGGCCUCAGCACCAGUGCUCAGCACCGGCAGAUCUAGGCUAUGACGGGCGAGUGGAUUCAUUCACUGAUAGAACUAGCUUGAGCACAGGGUCCCAAAUCAAUGUGCUUGAAGAUGCAGGCUACCUAGAUCUCACAAAAAUAGAAGCAAGCAAACCUCAGAGUGCCAAAUUUUGGUCACCAGUUGAAAUGUUUGGUUUUACAGUACCAAAGAAAGCAGAUCUUGUUAAUGAUAUAAUAAUGGAGAAAGAAUCGGUCUGGUCUUCAGUGCAUGAACAGCAUGAUGCUGGAGAAUACCCUGCUUAUCUUAAUUCGGGUUCAACAGGGCAGCAUAUAUAUAGAAUGGAGAGCUUGUCUCCAGUCUUUUCUGGGUUGGAAAAUGAACCCCUGGGAAAGAGAGUUUCUAAUUUCUCUCAUUUACGCCACUAUUAUGCAAAGAGACGGCAUGGAUUCAGGCUCAAACCAAACUUUCAUAUGUUUCUCUUUGCUCAUGAGCCUUCCCACAAAGCAGGCACAACUAGCCUGUCUUCAAUUAUUCGAAGUGGGAAUAGAAAUAAGAGGUUGGUAAGAAGUUCUCUGCCAUGGAGACAAAAUGCUUGCAAAAAGUACAGUGAGAUUCUGAUGGGGAUGCUUAGAAACAGUCAUUGUAUACCAUAUGCAGACAUUCCCUGGAGCAGUAAAAUAUAACAACUCUUCUUUAAAGUAGGUUAGAUACCUCCCCUCCCACACAUCCCCCCUCCUAAUAAAACAGUAUCAUCAGUAUAGAAAACAAGAUGGGCAUUUCAGAAACAUGAAGUAUGUUAUGACUUUAUGAAAGGCUCAAUUCUUGUGUGUAAAUAAUCUCUAGGAAAUUUUAAAGUGUUUCAAUCUUAAAAAUACUAGUGAUUCUACUCCCUGAACUAUGGAUCCAUGUGUGCACCCACACCUCUAACACACACACCUCCUUGUGUCACUAGUGGGAAGCGGGCUUAGUUGGUUCAUUUGAUUAGAUGCAGUCAGGAAAACUGUUUUGAUCUGGCUGAAAUGUCUGUGAAGGAAUAUAUAUGUGUGUGUCUGUGUGUAUAUAUCUGUCUAUACAGAUAGAUACAAAUAGAUAGACACACACAUAUAUAUUUUUUAAAAUAUAUAUGAAGAGAACCUAGUUUAGAAUUGUCAAAUUUAGCGCAGAAAAUGUUCCCCAAAGCCUGGGUUCAUUUCUGGGUCUUUUUUUUUUAUUAAUAGCUUCCCAGGGAAAGAACUCUAGGAAAAUAUCCACUUUGUAGGUAAAAGAUUAAAAGCCAUAUGGAUUUUAAUGGGGCACACAGGAAGUGGGAGUCUAGUGUCAGGUCUCCCCUUCUCAGACAAAGAUUGAAGUAUAGUCAGGCAUAAAAGCUGAACGUGAAAACUCUUUCAUAGUUUAAAAAAAUCUUUUUCCUGUGGGGCUUCUUCAGAAUCUUUUUUGGUGCUUUUUUUUUUGGAGGUUUUAUGAUUACUUUGUCAACUGAUUUUAAUCUAUGAUGUUAAUGAACUCCUUUCUCAUUGGACCUUCAUCUCAGGAGUCAAAAGGAAUCCGUUUUUUCAAGAUGUUAUCAAGGUAAAAAUUUGCCAGUUAGUACUGAAUUAACAGGCAAGCUUAAAAAUUCAAAAUAUCAUGUUACUCCAAUCUAAUAAUUUAUGCUACUUGUUCAAAUGUUUCAGUUUACAGACAGCAAAGGUAUUUGUUCCUAUAAAAGUGUUACGAGGAUGAAAAAACACGUACCCCACACACACACCCAAGAAGCUGAAGCAUUAGGAACAUUCUCUAGCUAACUGGUGACACACUGAAAAUAGCUUAAAAUGAGCCUGAUGCCAAGCACUGAUGAGGAAAAAUGAUUAGACAGGAACUGCAUGGCUACAACUUCAGUGAAAACUGCUACUAUGCAGAGAGAGGAAUGGAAAUUUCUUUCUGUUAACAUCAAUCUCAAAAUGGUUCAAGUUUUUUUUUUCCUAAGGCCCUAGUUAUUAGUGGGUUUAUAUAUUUACAAGUUGGCAUAAUAACCUCCAGAUAAUUAAAGGAAAUAGUAAUAAGUCAAAUAUAGAAAUUAUGUUUACUCAACGAAGGUAUAGGCAUUCAUAUCUAAAAACCCAUCGUUCAGUGUUAUGUAGAAUUAGCUCUUGAUGAUUAAUCACUAAUCAACAGAAUAAUUAAUAGUGGUAACCAAGUUGUAGGAAUUCUAGGAAUCACCUCUGUGGGCUAUUGAACUGGUGGUAUUUGCAAAUUUUGCCCUAUGUGUUUGCAUAUUAAAAUUAGUUUACAGUUAUAUUUCCUGAGCAUAUAAUGGAAGGUACAAAUUUAAAUAUAUACCACAGAUAAUACAGAAAAUGUUGACUCUAGCAUUUUAACCAUACCAGUGAAGCUAUGAGUGGAUUAACAUGAGCAUGUCAUUAAAUGUACAGAUUUUAUUUUCUAAAUAUUUGAAUUCUUAAGUAGACAUAUGGCUUGUAUCCUAUUGAUUUUGGAUUUAUUCCUUCUUAUAAGAUCUAUGAAAGAUAAUAGGGUUGGAAAACAAUGAGUAAAUAGGUCUGAAUGCAGCACAGGAGUCAUUUAGUCAUUCUUCAGGGUACAAGUUCACGUGUUAAGACAGCAGAAAACCUAUCUGUUGAGUUUUGAAGCCUUGGAUGUCAUUGUUAAUAUCCUAUUAGGUAUACUUAGUGUUUCAAAUCAAAUUGUUUGAGGAAACAAGAAACCAGAGGCAGCAGUGGGAUUUUCUCUACCCUUUCUAUUCUCUUCUCAAACUGGACAAUAAGCUUGAAGUAGGUAGUCUGAAGGUCUCUAAAUUUAAUAUUCUAAUCCCUUUAAUUAAGUGUACUAAAAAGAAAAGUCCACCUUUGAUCAGAGUAACUAGGUUAAGCUUAUUUGGUUGAGAUGAAGGUGGCGGGGGGGAUGGGGGAAGAGAGGGAGGAACACAUGACAGCACUUCUUCCUGGUGUGCAGAAAGAUCGACUUGGCACUGGCAUGAGUACUCACAUCUGCUAAGGGUCUGGUUUUCUAGGUCUAAGUAAACAUUUCUCAUAUAACUAACCCUUUAGAAAUUAAAUGAACAGUAGUUCCAGUGUGAUCAAGGUAUAAACCAAUAUUGUAAGAAAUAGCAAGUGUUCAUAUUUUCACCACAUGCAUAUUUAUAGAGUAGUUAGGAACCAUUUGUAAGGUAAGUCCUUUAAAAUUCUAUAAUACAUAUUAAAGUAGUGGUUAUUGGUCUGAUUUAUGCUGCUCUUGAUUCUACACUAGACAAAAAAGCAGUGCUUUGUGAGAUGCAGUGUUUUAUCUUCAUGCCACUGGUGAUAGAAAGUAGUUCUCUUCAGUUCACACCCUGUGCCCUUAUUUGCUGCUUGCUGACGUAAGCAAUAAGAACCCCUCUAAUGGUAUCUAAACGUUUUUGUAUCACGUAGUUGAUGAUGGUGUAUUUGGUGACAGUGUAAAAAUACUAGACAGAUAUAAAAGUAUCUAUAGAAUAUAUUUAUUAACUGUUAAUACUGAAGUUUAGUCUGUGAAUUAUGUGUUUUGUAUUUUUACUCAUCAUGUAAUUUUGGUGGUGGUGAAAUUUGUACAACCAAUCCUUAAAGAGCUGCAGCAUCCCUUUUGCAAUUUAACAUAGUUUGCAUCAGUUUCAGUUUACUGGCCAAACAGGCUUUAUAAAGAAUAUGAGGUAGUUUUAAAAAGUCGAGGUUUUUUUUUUAAAUAAAAACUAUGUUUGUUUGGGAAAUAGACUCCAGGUCCCUAGCCUGAAGUUACUGAAAACUCCUUAUAAGCUCUUCACUGUGAGUUUCAAAGGGAUUCAAUCCCCAAUUUAAUGGUUUCCUUUGUUUUGAAUUUUAAACGCGCAGUUUUGAGGAAUAUCUGAAGUUCGGUAACAUUACAGCCCCAAACCCUGGUGCUGUUAUUCCCAUUUAGAUUUGCACUAAAAAGGUGAGUGGAAACUCACACGUGUAAAUAUCUUUUCUUUACCUAGAAGUGCCAUCCAUUGUCCUUGAAAGUAAUGAAACAAAACAAGUUAUUAACUGCCAUUGAUCAAUACUGAUUCAAUUAGCCAGGGUAUCCUGAAAUGCAACAGACCUUUUCCAAGGACAAUGUCAAAGCUGAGUUUAACUUUGACCACAUUUAUAGUGGUGUAUUGUCAACACUGCAUUUUCAUAAGCUCCACUCCAUUGUUGGAACGCUGUGUGUCAGUGAGAUAAACAUGAUGCAGAGAAGUUCAGUGUUAACAGAGAUGACUGCUGUGGUUCACAUACUUCCUCCCCCAGCAAAGGUUUGCUGAAGCUCCAUGAGGAAGACUGAUCGAAAUUACCAGUUGUCUUUAACCCAAUUUGUUCAUUCAUUCAACACUCACCUAGGAAAGACCAAGAAAGGGGAUACUACAGCUUUGUUUGUACCUAUAAUUUAGGGAAAUCCUUCUUUGGAUCCUAACUGCACCAGGAAGAAAAUAGUUUUCUCCCCUUGUGUGCCUAUAACCUACAACCCAUUGGAAGGAUAAACACGCAUCUUUUGUUCUUUGACUUGUGUAAAAGUUAACAUUCUUUUUCAGAGCUAGUAGCAAAACAACACAAUCCUAGAGCUGCCCAGCAAUGCGACUGAUAAUCCAGGGAAAAGGAGACGUUAGCUUAAAAGGGACCAGGCACUAUUUCCAUGUUUUCCUAUAGCCACAUUUAGCUUCCAUUUGUAAGACUAUUUACCUUACUUACUAAUUAGAAGAUAUGACACAGGAUAGGGAACCCUGGCUGACACAGCUGUCGUCCUUGAAAAAGAAAUCCUCAUAAUAAAACUUUUGACGUUUUGUGUUAGAUAUCCACAGAUGUGUUACUGUCAACUCUUACACUGGGUGCUCUUUGGUGACAGACAUGCUGUAUUCUCUUGUUCAUGACAUUUCUCUGCAAUGAAUUCUCUGUGGAGUGAAUCAGUUGAAGCAAAUGAUUUUCUUAAGAAGUUUAACUUUUCAAUUUGCAAACUUGCUCUACAGCUCACUUGUGAGUUCAGUUGUAAUCAUGUAUUAAGUCAUUCAUAUUUUAUUUAUUAAAGCUGUUCAUUCAGUAAGGACUAUGUUGAAAUUUUGCCAGUAUCUUAAUAAAACACAGCAAUUUAAAAUAA